AAAGGCGUCGGAGAAGGACGCAAGACCUUUCUACCACGUGCCGGACUCGGAGAUCUACGUCUACUCUGUCUUCUACGAGACCUUCAAGCCAGAGAUGGGAAGCCCGGGCGUGCGAGCUAUAGGGGUGGGGCCUCGGAAGGGCAACUACUCUAAAGUUUUCUGUCACGUGGUCUCAGAAGACGAGACCAAAAAGCGUUUUGAUGGAAGGCUCUUCGCCCUCAAUUCUUACCCGUAUCAUAAGUACGUGGCGGUCUCCAUAGACUGCCCGGUGCCACAGGACACUAGACCCAAGCUCUCCGCCUUUUCCCUGCUCCGAACCAGCGAGAGGAGUAAUUAUUUCCCCGUCAUCUACCCAGGAAAAGUGAAAGAGAGAAACUUCACCGUAUGCGGGGCGACACUGUUUGGUUUCCGCAACCACCAGAUGCUGCUCCAGUCUGUAGUCUACAACCGCCUCAUGGGCGCCGGACACCAGUACGUCUACAACCAGACCAUCGGACCCAAAGUGGACGCGCUGUUACGUCACUUCCAGGACCUGGGGCUGGUCACCGUACUGCCCAUGCCUUCCUUCCCCGGAGACCGUGCCUGGUAUCACGGACAGAUCGUGGCCAUCACCGACUGCAUCUACAGGAACCGCUACACCUCCGAGUUCGUUGCCGUCCAGGAUUUGGAUGAGUUUCUGCUCCCCCUGAAGCACCGCACGUGGGGUGAGCUCAUCACAGCGACGUUAGGGGCGGAGGUCAAGGCUGGGAGGAAACCCCAAGACGUGGCAGGAUUCGUCUUUCAGCACUCGUUCUACUGCGUGGGGGAAUCUGACGACAACGUUGCUAGGUGGAUGGCGCUAAAGAAAUCCUUGUCCGUCUCCGACGAGGAUGAGAAGUUCAUCAAAGACGUGUCUGGUAGCCUGUUUCUGAACUGGAUGAGGCAGAAGCUGCUUUCGUAUCCUCAGAGAGUCAAGACGAUCUACCGACCCGAGUUCGCGCGUGAGCCUGGAAUUCACUUCCCUAUCAAGCUGUGGUCGGGUAAACGCCACGUAAAGAUUAACCCCGCCAUGGGCAUGUUGGCUCAUCACAGAAUGCGAGGGAAGUGUACCAUCAAGGGGGAGCCCCUGCUCAUGCUAAGGCAAUACCUGGACGCUUUGAAAAAUGCGUCACGUGAUUUUCAGGCGUAUCUAACCAAGACGCACCAAUCGUUCUCCGUCCCGACCCCGCCAGCGCCCGUGAACAGUCCCAAAAUGAACAGUCCCAAAAUGAACAGUCCCAAAAUGAACAGUCCCAAAAAGACUAGUCCCAAAAUGAGCAGUCCCGAAAUGACCAGCCCCAAAAUGAACAGUCCCAAAACGACCAGUUCCAAAAUGAACAGUCCCAAAACGACCAGUCCCAAAAUGAACAGUCCCAAAAUGAACAGUCCCAAAAAGACCAGUCCCAAAAUGAGCAGUCCCGAAAUGAACAGUCCCAAAACGACCAGUUCCGAAAUGACCAGUCCCGAAAUGACCAGUCCCAAAAUGACCAGUCCGGAAAUGACCAGUCACAAAAUGACCAGUCCCAAAAUGACCAGUCCUAAAAGGACCAGUCCCAAAACGACCAGUUCCGAAAUGACCAGUCCCGAAAUGACCAGUCCCGAAAUGAACAGUCCGGAAAUGACCAGUCCCAAAAUGACCAGUCCCAAAAUGACCAGUCCCAAAAUAACCAGUCCUAAAAGGACCAGUCCCAAACACACAAACAUCACCACUAGCAGCAGCAGUAGCAGUACCUCGUCUACGUGACGUUCUGUGUUAGACUUGUAGACUGGUAGGUUAUACACGACUGGUG